CCAGAAGAUUCGGCCGGGGCUCCUAUAAAGGCUGCGGAAGAGGCGGAGCUGCCGGGAUCGGCGAGCGGGUGGUGGCAGUGGCGGCGUUUUGUGCAGCGGAGUAACCGCAGCGGCACCCACCAUGGUGAAGGAGACGGAGUACUACGACAUCCUGCAGGUGAAGCCCAAUGCCUCCUCCGAGGAGAUCAAGCGCGCCUACCGCAAGCUGGCGCUGAAGUACCAUCCCGAUAAGAACCCCAGUGAGGGCGAGCGGUUUAAACUUAUAUCCCAGGCAUAUGAAGUUCUGUCGGACCCAAAGAAAAGGGACCUCUAUGACCAGGGUGGGGAGCAGGCUAUUAAAGAAGGAGGCCUGAGUGGCGGCAGCUUCUCUUCACCCAUGGACAUCUUUGACAUGUUCUUUGGUGGUGGAGGCCGAAUGAAUAGAGAGAGAAGAGGCAAAAAUGUGGUGCACCAGUUAGGUGUAUCUCUUGAAGACCUCUAUAAUGGCAUUACAAGGAAACUGGCACUGCAAAAGAAUGUUAUUUGUGCAAAGUGUGAAGGUUAUGGCGGAAAGAGAGGGGCAGUAGAAAAAUGCCCUGUGUGUAAAGGAAGAGGGAUGCAAGUUAUAGUUCAGCAGAUUGGACCUGGCAUGGUGCAGCAAAUCCAAACUGUGUGCCCAGAAUGCAAAGGCCAAGGUGAAAGAAUAAAUCCAAAAGACAGAUGUGACAACUGCAAUGGCUGUAAGGUUGUAAGAGAGAAAAAGAUCAUAGAAGUUCAUGUUGAUAAAGGUAUGAAAGAUGGUCAGAAGAUAGUAUUUCAUGGAGAAGGUGACCAGGAGCCUGAUUUGGAGCCUGGUGAUGUUAUAAUUGUGCUUGACCAAAAGGAUCACAGUGUCUUUCAGAGACGAGGGCAUGACUUAAUCACAAAAAUGAGAAUUCAACUCUCAGAGGCUUUAUGUGGUUUCAGAAAGACAAUUGAAACUCUGGACAACCGAGUUCUUGUCAUAUCUACUAGGCCAGGUGAAGUGAUAAAACAUGGGGACCUAAAAUGUAUCUACAAUGAAGGGAUGCCUGUCUACAAAUCUCCAAUGGACAAAGGCAGCCUGAUCAUACAGUUUUUGGUCCAGUUUCCAGAGCACUACUGGCUCCCAAGGGAGAAACUGUCACUGCUGGAGGCUCUGCUUCCUUCCCGAGAAGAUGUUAUGGUUACAGAUGAGAUGGAUCAGGUAGACCUUGAAGAUUUUGAUCCAAAUGAGCAAACCUACCGUAACAGUGCAGGAGAAGCAUAUGAAGAAGAUGAGGAGGGUCCAAGAACAGGAGUACAAUGUCAGGCAUCUUAAAGCAAGGUGGAGCGGAUGUCAUCUAAGAUGUAAAUUUUCACAAUGAAAACUGCAUGGCUGUAAUAGCCACUGCUUGUGGUUUUUGUGUUCAGCAAAUUGAGUUGCUGCGCUGUCAGUAUCACCUUUUUGUAACUAAUUUAUAUUGUGUUCUUGUAGUCUUUCUAUAUAAAGCAAAUGUCAUACAGCUGAGAACCAAGUUGGUAUGAAUUUUCCUUGCUGUGAAGGUUCUCAAUUUAUUCACCUGUGCUAUUUCUAUAAGACUUUGGCAAUAUCAAUAGAGGCUAAGUGGAGUGUCUUAUGUAAAUACUUUCAUACUGGAAAAUUAAUUUCAUAGAAUAAAGCAUAGCAGAAUAACUUCUAAUAAAUAGUACUUCACCUUUUUUCGUGCUUCUCUUGUACUUUCUAAGCCAUUCUGGAACCCCCUUUAUUUAAACAAGUUCUUCUAAGCUCAGACUCCUGUCAUCUAGUCUAGAUUAUUUGUGUUAGCUGCACCACUCAGCUGUCUCAUUUUGUAUUUCAGAAGCAUUUUGUGCAUGCCCUCCUCUCUGCCUCUCAGCCCUCUUCCUGUGUUUUGUGGGUUUACAGUAGCAUUCCUUCAGCUGCUUCUCUGUGUGUGACCCAAGGUUACAAGCUGUCCUCUAAUGUGUUACAUACAAGUAAAUACUUGCAAAUAAAAGUUUGACCUUUCAGAAGCUCAAGCUUUGUAUUUCAGCCUUCCUAGAAAGGGUUUUUACUUCCUCCUAGGCAUUGUAUACUUGUGCCUUAACUAAAAUGAAUAAACCAAAACCACUUGCA